AUGUCGGCGGCCUUCAGAAACCCAUCUUCCCCGUUUCACAUACCCCCAGGCGAAACAGGCCCGGCAUCACCAGACGACCCUCCACCGUCUUGUGAAACCAACCGCUUUGAUCUCCAACAGGACACUGACCCACAUGGCGCGUUGCCCGCGGAACGUGCUGAAAAGGCACGGGAGGCUCUGAUAUCCAUGGGGUGCGACGCAGAUACUCUGUGGGAACAAAGUAUUGGUCGUAUGCAAUGGGCCAUGAAGUUAGGGGAUAUCCUCGGCGGAAGGGAACGUGUCGACGCGAUGCUUGCGGGGAAAGGCGUAUCCCUCAUCCUGAAGUCCAUUAAUAUCAACUUCAGAAAACCAGUCACUUUUCCCGACACGCUACUUGUCGGUCACAAGGCCAUAGUGUCGUCAAGCCGCACUCAAUUCCUGCUGAAUGCUGUCCUAUACUCGUACGCACAACAAAAAGUGGUGGCGGAUGCUGAGGGUGUUAUUGUCUGGUACGAUUACGACCGACUGAAGAAGUGCGAUCCGGGUGAUGUUGUCUGGAGGGCUCUCAGAGAUGGCAUGGGGGCUGAAUACAGGGAAGGUAUCGGACGUCCAUCCCGUCGGUUAGUCUAG